GAGAACGCGGUGAACGGGGAUCACCUGUGGAUGGAGACGAGCUGUUCGGGAGAGCUCUGUUAUUUGGGAGAGGACACCUGCCUGCUGAAGACGGCAAAGUCGGCCCCAAGAAGGAAAUGUGCUGCCUGUAAGAUCGUUGUUCACUCCGGCUGCAUAGAGCAACUGGAAAAGAUUAACUUCAGAUGUAAGCCGACCUUCAGAGAGGGAGGAUCCCGCUGCCUCCGAGAUCAGAACAUCCUGAGACAUCACUGGGUCCACAGACGGAGACAGGAGGGCAAAUGUAGACAGUGUGGCAAGAGUUUUCAACAGAAGUUUUUCCACAGUAAAGAAAUAAUCGCCAUCAGUUGCUCCUGGUGCAAACAGGCGUUCCACAAUAAGGUGACGUGUUUCAUGCUGCACCAGAUCGAGGAGCCGUGUUCGCUGGGGGCCCACGCUGGAGUCAUCGUACCUCCGUCCUGGAUCAUCAAAGUUAGGAAACCACAGGUGCACACACACACGCACACACACACACACACACAC